AUGAAAGUCACUGUCGCGUUGUCGUUUAUGGCCGCCGUCGUGCAGGCCAAGGUGUCGGUGCACGUCCGUCGCGAGUUAGAAGUGAAGGAAUCGGUCGGCGCGAUCGUGUUUCUCAACACAAACGUGAAUGUUGAAAAGCUCGCGUUCACGGAAGGCACGAGCCACAAGGAAACAGUGUUCAACGCGCUGAGUGCCGAGGCAUCGACGUUCGAGUCGACGAUCCAGUCGCUUUUGCCCGCGUCGGCGGCCAGGAUCGAAUACAACUCGUGGAUCGCGUCCGCUACGUUCAUGGACGGGCUGACCAAGCAAGAUAUCGAGGUACUGGCGAAGAGCCCCAAGGUGCGCAAGAUUACAGGCCGCUUCACAACCCAUCUCGACACCCCCAUCGUCGACGAAAAGGCGAUCACGGCGACGGAAGGCGUCAACCAGUGGGGCGUUGAGACCGUCGGCGCGCCUUCGAUCUGGAAGUACUUCACUGGGAAGGGCGUCGUUGUCGGCUCCAUCGACACCGGUGCCGAGUACCGCCACGAAGCUAUUAAGAACAACUGGCGUUCGAACAAGGGAUGGUUCAACCCGUACAACGGCACCGCCUAUGAAUUGCCCAUCGAUUCGGCCCAGCACGGCACCCACACGAUCGGUACGAUUGUGGGCAAGAACGGCAUUGGGGUCGCUCCCGACGCCCAGUGGAUCUCAUGCAUGGGCUUGUACGUGAACACUGGGACCGACGUUGCCCUUGCCAAGUGCGCUGAAUUCAUGGUGUGCCCUACUCGCCUGGACGGUACCCGUCCCGAAUGCAAGCUCGGCGCCGACGUCAUCAACAACUCGUGGGGAAGCCAAGGCGACUACGACGACUUUUACGAGGCCUCCGUCACGGCUUGGCGCGCGGCCGGCAUCACUCCCAUUUUCUCCAACGGCAACGCCGGCCCCAAGUGCCAGACAACGGGCCUCCCCGGCGGGUACACCCGUGUCAUCUCGGUCGGUGCCAUUGGUUCGUACACGGACGAGCCGAACAAGUUGGCGUUUUUCAGCUCCAAGGGUCCGUCGGUCGCCAAGCACGUGAAUGGCACAGCUGUGACUCUGAUCAAGCCCGACAUUUCCGCUCCUGGUUUCUUUACGCUUUCUGCCGACGCCAAGAACUUGACAGGGUACAUGAAGAUGGCCGCGCCCAGUCGGAUUUGA